GCUGUGCCGGAACAUGAUCGGCACUACCGAGAUACUUAACCUGGCCAAUGUCAUCCCCGCGGCUUCCUGAUUGAACGCUCCGUCAUCUUCAUGUCCACCUGCGUGCUUUUUGCCUGGUAAGAAUCGGCUUAAGCCUCUCCCUCCCACGUCGAUAGCAUAUUACCCACCUGCCUGCCAUGUCUUCGUCGUCGGGCUUCCAGCCCAUGCCCGGCUGGUACUGGCCAGAUGACGUACCCAAGAAUGAGCCCGCGCGCCCAGAUUCUUCUUCUGCAGAUGCGUCACCACAGCCAGAAUCCGCGGCUGGAGCAGCGAGUGGCGCCAGUUCGUCGUCGGGAGCGCGCCGUCCCAAACGCACCCACUGGCCAGCGAGACAGUGCAGAAUAUGUCUCGAGACGGUCCAGCCUACUUUCAACGUCCCAUCGCAAAACCUGCCUGGCUUCUUGCAGUCUUCCAACGUCGUUUACGAAGAUGAGACUGGUCGCUUGAUCCGCCCGUGCUUGUGCAAAGGCUCAUCCAAGUAUGUUCAUGACGCUUGCCUGCAAGCCUGGAGACAUGCAGACCCCAGCUAUGGGCGCAGAAACUACUGGCAAUGUCCAACCUGCAACUUCAAGUACCGCCUUGCGCGCCUAGGUGCUGGGCGUUUCAUAGGCAGCGUUUCUGCUCAGGUUGGUUUGACCGUCCUCAUACUAUUUUCCAUGAUUUUCAUCCUUGGAUUCGUUGCCGACCCCAUCAUCAACUUGUAUCUUGACCCGUGGAGUGUUUUGUUUCCCUGGUCUGGACUAUCGGAAUCCGACUACGCCUACUACUAUGAAGACGAGUCAUCAUCUACGUGGUAUGAGCACUUUGCAAAAGGCUUUGCCAGCAUGGGCGUGCUGGGAUUCUUGAAGGUGCUUCUGGCGAGCCCACUCAGUUAUUUUAGGAUUGGAGGCACGCGAGGCCGUGCGACUGGUCGUGAUCGAUAUGAACAGGUCAGCUGGAUCAUUAUUCUGAUUGGAGUCGCGACAUUCUUAACGGCUAUUUACAAAGGAGUCCGCGCUUGGAGUCGCCGAACGCUCGAAAGGGCUGGCGAACGCGUCAUGGAUGUCCAAGGCGACGACGAUGAUGACGAGGAUGAAUAGCUACGAAUGCUAUGGACGUGUACGAUUCAUCGGCCAUUUUGUCUCCAUGCUUCCUGUCGUGUCAUGCACACAUCCGCACUUUCUUAAAUUGCCACAAGUUAUGCCUCAAUACUGUGUCGAUUAGUCUACGUGCGAAGAUCAAACCAGCCCGCGACAUCCAUAUCAGCAUGCGCGUUUUGUGCUCGCUGGCUCCGUGGAACGUGGCGCUAUUCGCCUUUGGCACUCAUUUUGUCCUGCCUUGCCUGCUCCUGGAGCACCUUUGUAUGGCUUGAACGACAUCAGGCCUCUGGCACAUCACCAAUCUGCUUGACAGUGAAACCAAUUUUCUUUGAAGUGUCGCAUGAACAGUAGCAAAAAUGCAUUGGAGUAGAAAUUUAUAACAGAAUACCAAAACGC